AUGGAUCAAAAGAACCUCGAUGCUGGAAUCGAACCAACAAUCUCCAGAGGAGAUGGGCAAAUUCAUCCUGUGAGAGGUUCAAUCGCCCUCUCAGAAACCGAGAGGCAUGAAGAGAUUGAGAAAUUCCAAAAAGCGCAUCAAUGGGAUCCCAAUCUGCCCCAAGCAAAGGCGGACGCCAUAUCUCAGGCACUGCAUGUCGGAGAACCUGAGACUAUGUUUGAGGUUGAAAAGGAGAUGAUAGAGAAAUCCCCGUAUCUCGAGGUUCAGGCCGCCGUGCGAGAUAUCGACGAUGGCGAAUACACAAACACUCUGCGUGCAUGGAUCAUAGGAAUGACCAUGUCGACCCUCGUCACUGGCAUCAACAUGUUCCUCAGUAUGAGAUCUCCCUCAAUUGCUAUCCCGGCUGUUGUGGUCAUCAUUAUCACAUAUCCUAUCGGCCAUUUCUGGGCGAAGGUCAUGCCUAUGCACAAGUUCAACACCUUCGGGCUAGAAUGGACGCUCAAUCCAGGGCGAUUCAGUGUGAAGGAGCAUACUGUGAUUGCAUUGAUGGCAAAGAUAACUUCAGAUUAUGCAUACAGCACGAAUGCGUUGGAAGCACUUCAAGCCAAGUCCCUCUACAAUCAUCCGAUGGGUUGGGGAUUCGCCCUGCUCUUCACCCUGUCGAGCCAGCUUAUUGGUAUCGCGUUGUCCGGCAUGUUUCGAAGAUUUCUCGUGUGGCCUGCAGCAAUGAUCUGGCCUGGUCAAUUCGGCACAACAUCUCUCCUGUACGCCUUACAUGAUAAGCGUAAAGCCGAACCUUCUGAGACAAACGGAUGGAAGAUUUCUCAAUACCGAUAUUUCAUCUAUCUUACUUGUGGCAUGUUCGCAUACUAUUGGUUUCCUGGUGUCCUUUGGCAAGGGUUAUCCGUUUUCGCGUUUGCGACAUGGAUCAAGCCUGAGAACGUUGUCGUCAACCAGCUGUUUGGCGGAUUUACUGGGCUGUCCCUGAUCCCAAUCACGUUUGACUGGACGCAAAUCUCGGGCUACAUUCAAAGUCCUUUACUUUCACCCUGGCACGCUCACUUCAAUUUACUGGUAGGAUUGGUGCUCGUCAUGAUCAUUCCUGCUCUUGGAAUUGCGUACAGUGGUGCGUUCUACUCCGACUAUUUACCAAUCAACACAUCUCGUACCUUUGACAAUACCGCGACGAGAUAUAAUGUGACCAAGAUCCUCACACCUGAAUUCACGCUCGACUUGGAGAAGUACAAGACCUAUUCACCCAUUUUCCUGGCACCGACCUUCUUUCUGAAUUACGGAUUGUCCUUUGCCGGGCUGACUGCCUCGCUUGUUCACACUAUCCUCUUCCACCGCAAGGAAAUUUGGUAUCGCUUCAAGGAGGCUCGCAACCAAGAGCCCGACAUCCAUUUCAAGAUGAUGAAGAAAUAUCCUGAGGCACCGGAUUGGUGGUAUGGAGUUCUCUGGGUGGUUGCCAUGGCUUUCGGAUUGGCCACAGUCCUUGGAUUCGAGACCAACAUGCCAUGGUGGUCGUUCCUGCUCUCGUGUCUUCUUGCCUUCAUCUUCAUCAUUCCUUUGUGUAUGAUUUAUGGCAUGACAAACAUCCAGAUCUCCUUGAAUGUGCUUUCACCAUUCUUGGCAGGCUACAUAAUCCCUGGACGACCCAUAGGCAACAUGAUCUUCAAGGUGUUUAGCACCAUCGUCCUCGGUCAAGCACAAGUCUUCAGUGGUGAUCUGAAGAUGGCUCACUACAUGAAGAUUCCUCCCAGGACGACAUUCGCCUGUCAGGUCGUUGCAGCUACGUGGGCUGUAUUUGUGCAGAUAUCUGUGAUGAACUGGGCUUUGGGCAAUAUCAGCGAGAUCUGCACUCCAACUCAGCCAAGUCACUUCACCUGCCCGAACGGUAGUACUUUCUUCUCAUCUUCGAUAGUCUGGGGUGUCAUUGGCCCUGCACGCGUCCUGGGCUCCAACUCGAUGUACUCGAACAUCCAUUUCUUCUGGCUCGCAGGAGCCAUUCUGCCAGUCAUCUUCUACCUUGCGCUUUGGAAGUACCCCAGAUCGUUCGUCCGAUACCUGAAUGCUCCUGUGAUACUCGGCUCCAUGGGUUGGUUGCCUCCGGCUACGCCAUUGAACUUUUCUACCUGGGCAGUCGUGGGUUUGACUUUCAAUUACUUCAUCCAACGCCGCUGGAAUGGAUGGUGGAAGCAGUACAACUACAUCACUUCUGCGGCACUGGACUCGGGCCUGGUUAUUUGUACACUGGUUGUCUUCUUCGCAAUUACCCUGCCGAAUGUGACGGUUCCCCAGUGGUGGGGAAAUGUCCAGGUGUUCGAGACUUUGGAUUACUUGGGCAUGGCGAGAAGGAAGACAGUGGCUGAGGGAGAGACCUUUGGACCGACAACGUGGUAG